UAGAAAAUUGGGUUUAGGUUUAUUUGUUAUUUUUUGAAGGUAAAAGUAAAAAUGAAGGAGUAAGAUAAUAAAAGGAAUAGGAUUUAUCAUUUACUUAAGCGGAGGGGUAAAGUUGGUGUUCCAAUGGGAUGCAUGCACGCCCCAUUCAUCUCCCAAAAGCAUUUCCAAUGCCCCGAAGACUUGCUCGGUCUUCGCUCCAAUCAGUGUGGAUCCGUACGCCUUUUUACUAUGCAUAUGCUUCCUCACCAAGUUUUCCUACUCCCUUUUAACCACUGCUUCCUUCUCCUCACUGCUAUAUGCUAUACUUACAUACAUCUGCUAAUUUGGAAUUUGGAAUUUGGAAUUUGGAAGAAGUGAAAAAUGUGUACCCCGAAGCAGCACAUUGAAGACAUCAGGCGAACCAAGUUUUCAAUCGGAGGACCGCCCAAUCCCUUAACCGAGGACCUCCAUCAGGCCGUCAGGAACCUUUCUGCGGAGCUUUACACCAAGGACGUUCACUUUCUGAUGGAGCUUAUUCAGAAUGCUGAAGAUAACGAGUACUCCACCUCCCUCAGACCCUCGCUCGAGUUCAUUGUUACAUCCCGAGACGUCACCGCAACUGGCGCUGCUGCCACGCUUAUGAUUUUCAACAACGAGAUCGGGUUUUCUGCUAAGAACAUCGACUCUAUUUGCAGCGUCGGCCGCUCCACCAAAAAGAACAACAGGAAACGCGGUUACAUUGGCGAGAAGGGAAUUGGGUUCAAAAGUGUUUUUCUGAUCACCUCCCGUCCUUACAUAUUCAGUAAUGGAUAUCAAAUACGGUUCAACGAAGAGCCUUGCCCACUUUGUGGUGUUGGGUUCGUUGUUCCCGAGUGGGUUGAAGAUACUUCAAUUCUUUCCAACAUAAACAAUAUUUAUGGUCACCACUCCACGCUCCCAACAACCACACUAGUUUUGCCUUUGAAGGCCGAUAAGAUCAUACCUGUGAAGCACCAACUGUCAACCAUUCACCCUGAAGUUCUACUGUUCCUUUCAAAAAUCAAGCAACUUUCAGUCAGGGAAGUCAACGAGGAUCCCAACACCAAUACUGUCAAUGCGAUUUCCAUUUCAAGUGACACAAACUUCGUGUCCAUCAAGAACAUUAAUGCCCACUCCUACACUCUCCAUCUCUCUUCCGAGGAAAAUGCUGGUGAAAUCGAUACCCAAUGCUCCUACUACAUGUGGAAGCAGAAGUUUCCAGUGAAGGAAGAAAACAGAGUGGAGAGGAGGGCGGGAGUUGAGGAACUUGUUGUCACAUUGGCUUUUCCAAAUGGAGAACGUCUCAACCGAGGAGCUAAGCCCGCUGGAAUCUACGCUUUCCUCCCCACCGAGAUGCUAACCGGCUUUCCCUUUAUUAUUCAGGCAGACUUUGUUUUGUCCUCAUCCCGGGAAACCAUUCUCCUCGACAACAAGUGGAACCAAGGGAUCCUCGACUGUGUUCCCUCUGCUUUUGUCACUGCUUUCGUCUCACUCGUGAAAGCUACAGAUGAAGCUCCCUUCUCUUCUUUGGCCUCUAUGUUCAACUUCUUGCCCAUCAUUUCUUCUUCCUUCGACAAGUUGAAUUCCGUGAGGGAUUCGAUCAAGCAGAAACUUCUCCAACAAAAUAUCAUUCCCAGUCAUUCCUUCUCGAAGCAGAGGUUCUUUCAUAAGCCUUGUGAAGUGGGUAGGAUUAUGCCCGCCUUUUUGAAUAUCUUAACCAAGGCACACACUCAAGGUGUGAGUUUGGUUAAUCUAUCGUCCCAUGGAAAGCGCAUCUUAAGUUUCUCCUUCGACACCAAGGAAUACGACCAGGUUCUGUGUUUCCUUGGCGUGAAUCUAGUUGAUGAUGAAUGGUAUGCCAAGUGCCUACUGGGAUCUAACAUCGUGGAGGGUGUCUCUGAUGAUGUUUAUUUGGAGCUUCUACAAUUCGUUGCUGAAAAUUGGAGUUCAAGGUUUCAUGUUUCAAGCAUGAAGAACGUGCCACUUAUAAAAUAUGUUGAUCUUUCUGGGAAUGUUUGUGUAUGCAGUUUAAACGAGUGUACGUCGAUGGGUGGAAGAAUGGUGCAUCUUGCUCAGCAUGACCAACUCUCUUGGCUUACUAAAUCCAACAGGGAAUUCAGACUUGUUUCCAACCGUUAUUUUAUGCCAGAAAGCACUCAUAACUCCAUCCGAUUCUAUCCCGGGAAGGUCACUUUGUUGCAAUGGCUUCGGGACCGAGCUCAAGUUGAUUCCAUCACCGUAUUUCAAUUUGCAAAACACCUUGUCGGUUCCCUUGGCGAUAACCGACAACACAUAAUCACCUAUUUUCACUUCCUCUAUCACUCAUCCACUAAAUAUUAUCUGACGCAUGUUGAGCUGGAGUCUCUGUGUAGACUUAUGCCGGUUGUAGACAAAUACGGUGUUGUUAGAAAAAAUUGGAAGGGGCUUCUGAUUCCAGCAGAUGGUAGCAAAUGGGCACAAUUGCUUGGUUCAAAUCCUUGGCAAAAUGAUAGCUAUGUCGAGUUGGGAGCUGAUUACAUCUCCCCACGCUAUUUUGCAGGUGAAUCUAUGACUACAAAACAGCAAAUAGAUUUUCUUAUAUCCCAUAUCCAUGCUUCUGAUAUCCCUUUCGUUUCUCCCCCCAAUAUCGAAAUUUCUGUAUUUUCUUCACCACUUACCGUGCACAAUGUGGUUUUGCUACUGGAUUGGAUUCGUAGCUUGAAAGCUCGACUAGUUUCCAUUCCUCCCAUGUUUUUGAAAUGCAUAAAGGAAGGUUGUUGGCUAAGAACUACUCUGAAUGGAUCUUCUGGUUAUAGACCUCCAUCUCAGUCUUUCGACGUCUCCUCCUCAUGGGGAAGUAUUUUACGAAAAGGGUCCGUCCUGGUGGACAUCCCCCUGAUUGAUAGUGUGUUCUACGGUAAUAUGUUAAGUGGCUAUUCUGAGGAGCUUAAAACUGUUGGUGUCAUGUUCGAGUAUGACGAAGUCUUAAAGUUCAUUGGAAACCACCUCAUGAAAGUGGCGGCUCUAUCAAGUUUGACAAGACAAAAUGUGUUGUCCAUGUUGAAGUUCAUCCGUUUUUUGAAAAAUGAAUUCCCUGUUCAAGACUUCAUCGCAAGCAUAAGAAAAGGGACAUGGCUGAAGACACGUCGUGGAUAUAUGUCUCCAGUGGGAGCAGUAUUGUACACGGAGGAAUGGUCCACCGCUUCACUUCUGAGCAACAUCCCUUUUGUUGACGUGGAUUACUAUGGUAAUGAGAUGCUUUGUUUCCGGGAAGAACUUAAAUUGCUUGGGGUGGUGGUUGACUUGGACAAAGUUUGUCAAUUUGUUGUGGACAAUUUGAAGCCACCUUCCCAAUUAACUUGCCUUGGAGGCGACGCAUUUUUGUUGAUUCUUUCCUGUAUGUCGGAACCCAAAUCACGUACUUUUCUGGCUAACGGAUUCAAAAGUGUGAAAUGCCUGAAGACAGACCAGGGCUACAAAUCGCCUGCGGAAUGCUACUUCUUGGAUCCUUCUUUGGGCCGCCUUCUCCAAGUCUUUACUGGUUUCCCUCUAGUUGACCGUGAUUUUUAUGGGAGCAGCAUUACUAUUUACCGGACGGAAUUGAAAAGCAUGGGAGUGGUGGUCGAUUUUGAGGAGGCAGUCAACGCAGUCUCUCAGGUGUUCAGGCAAAAAGUGGGUUCCAAUUCUCUAACAAACGAAAAUGCAUUAUCGUUUCUGUCAAUCUACAAACAUCUAAAAAAGUCGAAAAAGAAGCUUCCUGAAGAUCUUGAGAAGUGCAUUCGUGAGUUGAAGUGGUUGCGAGUUGUUCUGGGUGAUCAUAGGCGUCCUAAAGAUUGCAUAUGGUUUGGUCCAACUUGGAAAUCCAUACAUUCAAUUACUCUCCUCCCUUUUAUCGAUACUAGUAAAAACUACUACGGAAAACGUAUUCGUGAAUACCAAGAAGAGUUGAAGGAUAUGGGAGUUAUUACCGAGUUUAAAGAUGGCGCUCAUAUGGUUGUUGCUGCCCUUUAUCUUCCGGAUGAUCCUACCAAAAUUACUUCUCAAAAUCUUCGUUCACUUUUGGACUGCAUCCGAACUUUGCUGUUGAAGAACUAUUCCUUUCCAGACCAUUUCUCUGGAAGGGUAUCGGGGAAAUGGUUGAACACCUCGUACGGUUAUAGGUCUCCUAAAGAGAGUCUGCUCUUUCUUCCUGAGUGGGAUUCUUAUCUGAAGCCGACCGAUGUGCCUUUCAUCGAUGCAGAAUUUUACAAAUUUGAUAUCAAUUCCUAUAAAGUGGAGCUCCAAGAAUUAGGCGUGGUAGUUGAUUUGGACCGUGGAUGUCAACUAGUGUCAAGUUUUCUAGACUUCCAUUGUGAGUUAUCCACUAUCAUACGAAUUUAUAGGUAUUUGAGUGAAUUCGAUUGGAAGCCGGACACUGAAGCUGCUAAAAGGAUUUGGGUACCUGUUGGAGAUUCUAAUGGACAGUGGAUCAGCCCAGAAAGCUGUGUACUUUUUGACAAGGAGGAUCUUUUUGGUUUGCAGCUGACCGUUCUUGAGAGAUACUACGAAAAAGAUUUACUCAUGUUCUUUUCCAAAGCCUUUAAAGUAAGAUCCAAUCCUUCCCUUCACGAUUACUGCAAACUCUGGAAAAGUUGGGAAAGUAAUGCAGAUGGACUUUCUGGUGACAAGUGCUUUAAGUUCUGGAAAUAUGUUACCAAGCACUUCAAUUCAAAAACUGAGCGAGCUUUUACUGAUGCCAUUCUCAAGGUGCCUGCAAUUUCUGGAUCAGAUGGAGUUUUUUUGUUUGAUAAACGUGACAUUUUUAUUGCAGAUGAUCUACAAUUGAAGGAUUUAUUUGAACGUAUGUCUCCUCUUCCCGUUUUUGUUUGGUAUCCCCAGUCAAGCUCCAUUUCCUUGCCUCGUACUAGUUUGUUGGAAGUUUAUAAGAACAUCGGGGUCCGGAAGAUCUCUGAGUCUGUUCAGAGGGUGGAGGCAGCCAUUGUUGAUGGAACCAACCUCAAGCACGCCAAUCCAAAUGACAUUCCAAUUGGAAAAGAACUGAUGCGGCUCAUUCUUGGUUUCUUAGCAGAUCCUGCCAAGCAAAUUGAUGCAGUGAAGAGGCAUGAAAUUGUUGGAAGCCUCCUCAAUCUUUCCGUUCUUGAGACGGAAGAACCUGUGAUGAUGCAGUAUAGUUUAUCCCUAACUUCAGGGGAGGUCAUCAACGCUAAUGCAACCCAAUUGAUACGUUGGGAACGGGAGAGUUCGAAGCUGUUCACCCAGAAGAUGGUAAUGUCAGGAGAACGUAAGGAGAUGAUAGAGUAUGCCACAUACUUUUCUGAGGUUAUAUCUGCAGGUGUCCUUUGGGAGUAUGGUGAUUAUGUAUGUUCAUUAUCUGAGCUCAUCAAGUUGGCGUUUGUGUUGAAUUUCGAUGAUGGAGCUGUUAAUUACAUUAUGAAAUCCAAGAAUCUGGAAGUGUUCAAGGAGGACGAGGACUUCCUCUCAUCUGCUUUCACUCAUCAAUCCAAGUAAGGUCGAGUUUUGAUUUUGGGAGGACUUCCUGUCGUAUGUAGUUGGUGGGGAAUUGUGCAAUGAUAUUUUGUGAUGCAAUGAAGAAUGCUUAAUAUAUAUUGGAUGUGUGACAGUGUUUUGUUAUUUUGUUGUUAAUAAAGAAACAAGUAUGGGUUGUCGAAUAA